GAUAGAGAGCUGAGGCCGGAGGAGAUGGAUGGUAAGUCUCAUUAUACAGGAGCAAACAGUAUGAAUUACAAUCAGCCUUCAUAUUGCAUAUUGGACUAUAGCAGUCCCAGAGGAGAACAACUGCCCCCUCUCAUUGAAGCCACGGAAGUCCAAGGCUGACCGUGGUACUGCAGGCAUUGUUAGCAGAAAACAAGGUCCCCCAUUAUAGUGAAUGGAAAAAUGGCAAUCUUCGUGUAAAAAAACAAACAUUUGAAGGCAAUCAUGGUAGCAAUAAUUACUUCUAAUACACCAGAUGUAUGUCCUUGAAUCAAUUAUUUAAAAUCGCACAUAGAAGUUAUAAGGAUAAUUUAGUUGCUAAUGGCAGCCUGCAGUACCCCGGUCGGCCUUCAAUUGCGUUGCUCGAUCGAUGGCUUUGUACAUUCAUAUAUACAGUCAUUGAGCAGUCUUCACUGGUUUAGAGCCAUACAACAAAGGAUCUGCCUGACUUUGGUAAAAUGUCAUUCUCAUGUUGAGUGCCUUUGAUUGGAAUAUUUUCUACCAAAAAUUAUAAUUGAGCCUGUGGACUGUUUCAAGGUUAUCUCUCACCCUCCCUCUCCCUCACUCUCGUGCUUAUUAUAACACCACACUCAUUGUAGUACUUAAAACAAUAAGCCAACUGAUGGUUUUUAUAAUGUGUUUAAAAAGCACAAUUGAUCUUCUCCAUCUGUGCUUUCCUCUCUCAGAGUUGCGCGAGGCUUUUAAGGAGUUUGACAAAGACAAAGAUGGCUUCAUCGGCUGUAAAGACCUGGGCAACUGCAUGAGAACUAUGGGCUACAUGCCUACUGAGAUGGAGCUGAUAGAACUGAGCCAGCAGAUCAACAUGAACUGUGAGUAACCGUACGUAUGGUAUGUGUGUCUAUAAAAGGGAGCAUUAUGGGAGUUCCUGCAUUCCUUUUUUCUAUGAUACUGCUCUUGCAUUUUUCUCUAUCCUUUUCUCUUUUGUUACGCUCUCAUAUUAUGACCUUUCUUCCUUCUUUCUCUCUAUCUCUAAUUCAUGCUCUCUCUCUCCCCCACUGUCCUCCGCCCGUCCCCUUCCACUAACACACACUAAAAGACACUUGCACACACCAUUACACACGGGGCCUCUGAACAUUCAAUACCCCUGAUGUAGAUCCCUUUUAACAAUUAACCCUGAAAAGAACAUAACAUCCCGUUCUAUAAAUACUAUCUGGGCUUGGAGAAAAAUUAUGACUGAAUAUGGUGCUGUAGACACGACAGUAGCUUAAAUCUUGCCAGUCUUUUCUCUCACUCACCUCUUUCAAGGCUGCAUAUUUCUGUCAUUGUACAAACGCCCCUGUAGAUGUAUUCUUAUGACAUGUUUUGUGAAUUUAUUUCUGACAUCCUUCAACCCACGUUUACUCUUCAUCACACAGUGGGAGGACAUGUUGACUUUGAGGACUUUGUGGAGUUGAUGGGGCCCAAACUUCUGGCUGAAACAGCAGAUAUGAUCGGGGUCAAGGAGCUGAGGGAUGCUUUCAAAGAGGUGAGGAUAAGAGAUGGAGAGAGAAUGGAAAAAUAAGACAGAGAGAGAUAGAAAUUAUUUUUUUACACAUAAAUUAGAUAAUAGAGAAAGAAAGAACAAAAUCCAAAGGGGAUGAAAGAAAGCUAGAAAGAUUUAAGCUAAAAUAUAUUUGAUUAAGUGAGGAGAAGCAUUCAUGUGCAUGGGGAACUCAUUAGGAGAGACGACGGUAUUGGGGAAAGAGCAGAAUACAAUACUGCAUGAUGAACUAGUUCAUUAUUAAUUAUUAUAUUCUCUCCUUCUCUCUCAGUUUGACACCAAUGGUGAUGGCCAGAUCAGCACAUCGGAACUCAGAGAAGCAAUGAAGAAACUUCUAGGUCAACAGGUAAGAAAAGUAGUCUUUCUGUUUGUGAGUUUCUCCAUCUUUCACUCAACCUGUCCACGCAUCUGUCUGAUCCUGCCUCACUGUAGCCUACAUCUGAGUAGUGAUAUUUCUCGGUUCUUUAACCUAUUUUGCUAGGUUGGUCAUAGAGACCUAGAGGACAUCCUUCGGGACAUUGACCUGAAUGGAGAUGGCCAUGUAGACUUUGAA